AUUUCCACAGAUUGUGGUGCCGCUGCGAGCCCCGAUCUGCAGCAGGCCGGUCUGUCCAUAUUGGUUUUAAAGUCUCCUAGCAGUUAAUAAAGAUGCAAUUCCUUCGUCCCCUUCCUGUGGGGACGGUAUCAAGGCUCUGUUAAGUCUCUUUGAUUUCCGGCACCCUCCAAUCACAGCGGGGCUCUGACUCAUCAUUGUGGCACUUCAAAGCCUGGGAAUGGCUCCGUUGACCCAACCCACUCCAAGGCGCUCCUUAAAAGUCAUGGUCACCCCUCCGAGCAGGACUCAUGAUCUCUGAAAUUAUCUGCUGCAACGAGGCAGACUGACCUGCUGACUCCCCGAGCUGCUGGAUUUCUCUUUUUAUUUUCUUCACUGGAAGGAUAUCACGUUUACUUGGAUUGCUUAUUAGCCCUCGGUGCAUGAAGCUCUUCUAAGCUCCCUGCUGAACAACAAGCGAUGCAGUCCAGAGAUUUGAAGGCAAACUUUAGCGUCCCUCCUCCCUCUGCCAUGGCUGCUGUCCCCGAUGCCUAUGUCCAGGGCAACAUUAGGCUGACUCUGGAGGACCCUGAACUCUGGAAGACCUUUUGUGAAAUAGGAACAGAGAUGAUUAUCACUAAACCGGGCAGGAGGAUGUUUCCACACUGUAAGAUUAAUCUAUCGGGCCUCAUUCCCUGUGCCAAGUACAUCUUAUUGGUUGACAUGGUCCCUGAGGAUGGUUUCAGAUACAAGUGGAAUAAAGAGAAAUGGGAGGUGGCAGGGAAAGCGGAGCCACAGCCUCCCUGCAGGACCUACCUCCACCCGGAGUCUCCGGCCCCGGGGAGCCACUGGAUGAAGCAGUCCAUCUCCUUCCUCAAGCUCAAGCUGACCAACAAUACACUGGACCAGCAUGGCCAUAUCAUUUUGCACUCCAUGCACCGCUACCACCCGCGCUUCCACAUCGUGCAGGCGGACGACCUGUUCAGCGUCCGCUGGAGCGUUUUCCAGACCUUCACCUUCCCCGAGACGUCCUUCACGGCGGUCACAGCCUACCAGAACACCAAGAUUACAAAGCUGAAGAUCGAUCACAACCCGUUUGCAAAAGGCUUCCGGGAUGAAGGCACUACAAAGAAAAGGCGCUCAAACAAGAACCCGAUCUGCCCGGAGAAACGAUCCAGGACGUCAAACAUUUCGAACAGAGACUCUGAGGAGGACAGUCCACCAGAUUUCUGCCGGUCAUCUUAUGAAGGCUACGAUGGCGACGGAGGAGAUCUGCCCAAGAGGAAAGGCGCCGAUGGCGCCAAAGAGCAACGUUACUCCCCGUGGACCUCUGACAGGGAGCCCACCGUGAGGACUGAAUCCCCUGCUGGGACGGACCCCCGGGACAUGUACAACGCAGAGCAGCUUGUUCCCGCUCCAGCUUCCUACCAGCCGUACAGGUUCCACGAGUAUGGAAAGUCUCCCUCUCCCUCCUCCAGCGUCAGCAGCAGCGGAACGGGACGGGGCAGCUUUGAGUCCAGAGUCCCCGAUGUCGCCACUGUCCCCGACCAUGACCCUUCGAAGCCUCGCGCACAUGAGGUCGGCCCUUCGCCCGGCGGCCCGCAGCCCCACCCCGCCCCCCAGGACUACAGCGGGGUCCUCAACAUGUCCGUGGCCCAGGCCGGCAAGCCGGGGGUGAUCAGCCACCACAUCUACGGCCCCUACGCCGCCGAACAGCCCCUCGGCCAGUGGAGCGGGCCCGGCCCGGCCCAGUACCCCCCCCCUCCUCAUCACCUGACCGCUGACUACGCCACGCAAGCUGUGCACCAUGGCUAUCACCAUGGCAACGUGGCCGAGUGGAGCCAGUACCCGCUGUUCUCUUACUCGUGCUGGUGAAGGGAUCUUCAAUAGUAAACUGACUUGAGAGAGUGACUUUGUCUGGUGCCGCGUCCCCGCGAGGACGCCGACUCAGUUCUCACAGCUACGCGGUUGCAUGCGGAGACGCGGCUGAGGGCCGGAGGCCUGCGGCAGCACUGGAGGGGACGGAAGGACAAGGAGGAGAAGGAGACGCCUGUAGCUGCCUUCUGUUCAGGCUGAGGCUGUGGUGUGCUAUGCCAUACUGCAUUGUCGUUUUUUAUUGUUAAAUUGUCUAUUUAUUUUUUUCAUCUCAUCUCCCAAGUUUAAAUAUUAUUUUUGUAAAAGAAAAAUAAGUGUGCAAUGUCUUGUCUGUAAUCAAAAUGUGAUGUGAUCUGAAAAUAAAACCUUCGAAGUGA